CACCGCACCAACAGAGAAGCCAGAGUGACCGCUUUUACUUCUUUUUUUACUUGUUAUGGCGAGUGAUUUCGAUCGUCGGAGCGAGCGCUUCGACGGUUACAGACUCAGCGCCGACGCCAGCGACUCCGAUAGCUCCUCCACGCCCACUAGUGCAUUCUCUUGCGAUCUUCGUCGUCGUCAGGCGGAGUCGUCCACCUCUCUCUCCUCCUUCUCGCUUGAUUUUGACUCCAAUUCAGAGUCUUCGCCUCUGGUCGUGUUGCCGCCUGUCGUCGACGGAAGACACGUCACCCUCCCGACCGUGAAGACCGAGAAAUGCGCAACAGAAUUGCCAGAAGCUGAAUUGAUGAAAGAGCGGUUUGCUAAGCUGUUGUUAGGAGAAGAUAUGUCUGGUGGAAGGAAGGGAGUAUGCACUGCUCUCGCCAUCUCCAAUGCCAUUACAAAUCUUGCUGCUACUGUGUUUGGGGACCUGUGGAAGUUGGAGCCAUUGGCGCCGCAGAAGAAAUCAAUGUGGUGCAGGGAGAUGAAGUGGCUACUCUCUGUAACUGAUUCCAUAGUGGAGCUUGUUCCUUCAAUGCAGGCGUUUCCCGGGGGUGGGACGUUUGGGGUUAUGGUGCCUCAACCCCGGCCAGAUAUUGAUGUCAAUCUUCCUGCCCUCAAGAAACUAGAUGCAAUGCUUAUUAGCAUCUUGGAUGGAUUUCAUGACUCGGAGUUUUGCUAUGUUGAUCGCGGGGUAGUUGUUGCUGAUGGAGAACAAAUUGAAGCAUGCCCUCUUUCUCCAUCCUCUCGCCGGUCUUCAAUCAGGCUUGAAGAGAAAUGGUGGCUGCCCUUCCCAAAGGUCCCACCUAAUGGUUUGUCCGAGGAAACCAGGAAGCGAUUGCAGCAAUGUAGGGAUUGUUCCAACCAAAUUUUUAAGGCUGCUCUAGCAAUCAACAAAAGCGUGUUGUCUGAAAUGGAAGUACCAGAAGUUUACACGGAUAGCUUGCCCAAGAGUGGAAAAGAGGCUUUGGGUGAAAUCCUGUACCAGUAUAUCGCUACUGAUCAGUUGUCCUCAGAAGGCCUUGAUUGUUUCGACCUCUCAUCAGAGUAUACAGUUCUGGAAAUGACUAAUAGGAUUGAAGCUGCUAUGCACGUUUGGAGGCAGAAAUACCAAAAGAAGAAAUUGAAUCCAGGCAAGAAAUCUUGGGGCGAUGCAGUGAAAGGCCUGGUUGCUUAUACAGAAAGAGACAGACAGCUUUCACAACGAGCUGAGACCCUCCUGACAUGCCUCAAGCUAAACUUCCCCGACCUCCCUCAAACUACCUUGGACAUGAACAAGAUUCAGUAUAAUAGGGAUGUUGGGCAGGCAAUCCUUGAGAGCUACUCUAGGGUGUUGGAGAGCUUAGCUUUCAACUUGAUGGCGAGGAUCGAAGAUCUGUUGUAUGUAGAUGAAGCCACACAACAGCGUUCUGCUGCACAGUCACCUGUGCUCAAACAGAGACAGAAUCUCGGUGCACAUUCCCUACAGAAGUGGGCAUUUUUCUGAUUCAUUAUUCCUACUUCAGAAAAAGGCUGAGAAAAAUAAGAGUUAUGCUCUUCAGCCCCAUUAGUUGAGAGCUCCAGGAGACUGCAAAAUAUGUGCACACAAAUGGGAUUUAUCUGGUGUGUGCAUUGCUGUUUAGUUAACACAGGACUUCAUGUGGUUCCCUAUUUAGGAAUACCUUUAGGUUUAGGGGCUUUCAAUCCUUGUGUAUGUCUGGUAGGCAUUUUUGGUUCAUUUAUAGAAUCAUAGUUGCUCUUGUAUGUUUAAUUAGUGUACAUUCAAUGUGCUAACAUAACCUUUCUGCAUGUAUAAUAGUUGAAAUUAUAUCAUUUCGUAGUUCCUCG